AUGGCGGCUCGGCGUCCUGCCGCGCAACAGCAGCAGCAUGCUGAGACCGAGAAGACAAUCGCCGAGUCGCAGGGCGGUCCGUCGACGGUGGGCCUGUCGUCCGACACAUCGCCUGCUGUGCCUGCACACGUCAUCUACAAGCUCCUCUUCUUCACCGUCGCCAUGGUGUGCGUGCCGCUCGGCUCGUAUUUCUUCACGUUGAAGUUUCUCUUCCGAGGAAACGCGUCGUACGCGGGAGGCUUCGCGGCUGUCAUGGCGAAUGUCGUGCUGAUUGGCUACAUCAUUGCUGCGGUUAGGGAGGACCAGUCGGAAAAGAUCGAGGAGGAGAAAAGGAAGAAGGGUCAAUAG